AUGAGAGAGGAAGUUCUGAAGGAGGUUCUUAAACUGCUACCCUUGGGAAUCAUAUCCUCUAUCCCAGAUAGCAAGUGGAUGCUUGAGAGGCUAGCAGGAAAGCAGUACUUUUGCUUCCUAGAUGGCUAUAGCGGGUAUUUCCAGAUAUAUGUGGAUCCGGAAGAUCAGGAGAAGACAACUUUCACCUGCCUUUUUGGAACAUAUGCUUAUAGAAGAAUGUCGUUUGGCUUGUGCAAUGCACCAGGAACUUUCAAAGGGGAAGAUAAAGAAGAUGCUCCUGACGCUUUUCCGGAAGAACAUUUGUAUAAUGCCAAGGGAUCGACAGUCUUGAUCAGUCUGAAGGAAGUGCUCGACUCAAUUGAUCCAGAGGCAGUUUUGAAUGAAGUAAGCAAGAGGCAAGCUGAGCCGUGGUUCGCUGAUCUGGCGCAUUAUUUGGUAACUGGAGAAUUGCCUUCUACACCAGAGGUGACUAGAGCUCAAAGGCUGAAGAUCAAGAGUGAAGCCAAGUACUACUUUUGGGAUGACCCUUAUUUGUGGGAAAUGGGAGUUGAUCAAGUCAUUAGGAAGUGCAUCUCUGAGUGGGACCAGGAAGACAUAUUGGUUCAUUGUCACUCUCUCGCCUACGGUGGUCAUUUCGGUCCAAAAAAGACAGUUAGGAAGGUUCUAGACAACGACUUCUAUUGA